AUGGACUGUUCAGUUUGUACAAGGAAUAUUCAUCCAACAAUUGAAGAUUGCUAUAGAAAACAAGUUGAAAUUGAUGGACAACAAUGUAUUCUUGAGAUUCUUGAUACAGCAGGAACGGAACAAUUUACAGCAAUGCGCGAUCUGUACAUGAAAAAUGGUCAAGGUUUUAUUUUGGUCUACUCUAUAACGUCUCAAGCAACGUACAAUGAUCUGAUGGAUUUGAAAGAUCAAAUUAUUCGAGUGAAAGAUACAGGAGCGGAUAUUCCAAUGGUCCUUGUCGGCAACAAAAAUGACUUAGAAGAUGAGCGUGUGGUAGGAAAACAGAAUGGAGAAGCAUUGGCUCGAAGUUGGGGAUGUACGUUUUUAGAAGCAUCGGCAAAAUUACAAGUAAACGUUAAUGAGAUAUUUUUUGAUUUAAUACGUCAGAUAAACAGAAAAACUCCUCGUACACGUCCAGUAAGACCGGCAACAAACCAAAAUAACAAUAAUCAUGCGCCAGUGCAAGUUGAACAACCUUAUUCCGGACAUAAUUCUGGAAAAGAUUGUUGUAUUUUAUUAUAA